AAAUAUAAGAUGGUUUUAAACCGUUGGAUUUGCUUCACUGGACCACCGCGUGCGAGUACAACUUGACAGCAUCUAUUGAAUAUCACGAAUCACGACGAUUAUAAUAAAUAAUCAAAUUAAUGCUGCAAAUUAUCUUUAGUUAGUAGAUAUUUUUGAGCAUGUAAAUCUGAAUUUAAAGAGUUAAUGAUAAUUAAUGUCGUAAAUCAUGUAGAAGUUGUGUAAUUGGAGAAGGGUUUGUGUCGGUGAACAUAAUUAGAGAUUACACAUACACAGGCUGUCUCUUUACUCUUUUAUGGAAGGGUCCACUUGCCACCGGUAAAAAGACAACAUAGAAUUCUUCUUUUGUUUGCUUUUUCAUAGUAGUGUGUCGGCUAGCUUAGGUUGUCAAAUAAGACUAUGUUGGGUGGUCUAAAUCUGAUCUUGUCCGAUUUAAAAUAGGCAAAACUGUACAGUUACGCCAUUCUGUGAAGAUCUUGUCCGGUCCGAAAAUGCUAGAUUUAGUUAUUGGGUUUCAAAUGGGCUAAGACCUUGCAAAUCAACGAAACACACCAAGCGAUAAAAUUUGAAGCCCAUGACUACGGCUAUGAGGCAGUUGUUGAAGUUAGAGAAGAAAUUGGUACAAAAUACACCAAAAAAUAGAAAAUUUGAAGGUGAAGAGUUCUUAAAAUUUGUCUUGGUCCACAGUUAGAGCCCAUUAGAUUCUCAAGCCCACAAUUGGGUUGUCUUCGGUGAGGGUUUCUGACUUUCUGUGUCCUCAAAUAGGUCGCCGGAACAAAAUCUGUAACCCCAGCCAGAGCGGAAAAAGAGAGCGUCUCUCCCUUUUCUUCUUAAAGCUUUAAAUUAUUUGUGUUAUAUGGAUCCUUUGAAAGAAUUGAAGAUGAUGUCCGAUCUUCCUAAGGAUUUGGCAGAGGAUGUCCUGCCCAGGCUUCCGGUGACAUCACGGAGAGGAAUCCGAUGUGCUUGCAAAGAGGGGUAUACUUUAUCCAAAGAUCGUUGCUUUACAAAGAAGCAACUUGCUCAAGAAAAUUCAGCAAUUAAGAAGAAGGAGUUACGAAGAUGUCCGAUCUUCCAAAUGAUUUGGCCGAGGAGGCUCUGUCUAAGCUUCCGGUAACAUCUCCGAGAGGAUUCCGAUCCGCUUGCAGAAAGUGUAACACUUUAUCCAAAUAUCGGAGCUUUACAAUAAAGCAUCGUGCUCAAGCAAAAGCAGCAACGAAGGAGAAAUUACCUGCAAAAAUGACGACAAUGUCCGAUCUUCCAAGUGAUUUGGCAGAGGAGGUUCUGUCUAGGCUUCCGGUGACAUCUCUGAGAGGGUUCCGAGCUGCUUGCAAAAAGUGGAACACUUUAUCCAAAGAUCGGAGCUUUACAAGGAAACACCUUGCUCAAGCAAAAGCAGCGGCAGCAAGGGAGUUUAUGGUGGUCAUGGUUAUGGAUUCUCAGGUUUAUUUGAUGGGCAUCAAUCUCUGCAAGGGCGUUGACGAAACUAUAAACCGUCAAGGUAAACUUAUUAGCCUAGACGAUUCCAAUCAAGUCGAUAUAUCUAGAGUCUAUCACUGUGAUGGUUUAGUCUUAUGCAUCCCAAAAGACUGCUCUAGGCUCGUUGUUUGGAAUCCGUAUUGGGGCCAAACCUUGUGGUUCAAGCCCAGUAGUCUUCGUCAUAAACGGCACUUGUAUAGGUAUGCUGUUGGAUACCAGAAUAGCAAAUCAUGCUGCAGCUACAAAAUUUUGAGAUUUGUUGAAGUUUCGUCUGAGAGUAUUGUUGAGUACGAAAUCUACGAGUUAAACUCUAACUCAUGGAGGGUUCUUGAUGUCACUUCCGACUGGCAUAUACUGUUUUUUGCACAUGGCGUGACUCUCAAGAGAAAUACUUAUUGGUUUGCUUUAGAGAAGUAUCGAGAAAGAAGAUCAACGGUAGAGAUUCCUGACUUCUUGAUAUGUUUUGAUUUUACAAAAGAAAGGUUUGGACCGCGUCUUCGUCUGCCGUUUCGCUCUUAUGAUGAAGACACUGUGACUCUUUCUAGUGUUAGAGAAGAGCAACUUGCUGUGUUAUUUCAGCGUGAGGACAACUUACAUUUGGAGAUUUGGGUUACGACUAAGAUUGAGCCUGAAGUGGUGUCAUGGAGCAAGUUGUUUUUAGCAGUGGAUAUGGAACCACUCACUGAUUUUCAAUUUGGAGUUACAGGAGGGAGUUUCUUCAUUGACGAAGAGAAGAAACUCGCUGUAGUUUUUGAUAAAGAUAAAGAUAGAGACAAUAUCGAGGUGCAGACCCCCCGUCGCAACUUUGCUUAUAUCAUUGGAGAGGAUGGAUAUUUCAGAGACGUUGAUCUCAAAGAAACUUCAGUUUGUGCUCCUCCACUUGGGUGCUUGUAUGUUCCAAGCUCAGUGCAGAUCAAGCAAAGAGGCAAAAGAAAAAAGAAUCUGAUUGUUUAUUAGUCUAAAUCUUGGCCUCUCUUUAUGUUCUUUGAACAAUAAUAUUAGCCAAUUAUAUUAAUUUGUAUCGAUCACUUAAGAAAUUUAAUACAUGAAAGCAAUGAGAUUUGAAUAUCACCAUAUUA